AUGGUUGGCUGAAUGUGAAAUUAUUGAGAGAAAAAAAGAGGAACCAAAAAAGAAAGAAAGAAAGAAAGAUGAAGGGACCAGUGGCUGUGACAGGAGCAGCAGGAUACAUAGGCUCAUGGCUUGUCAUGAGGCUUCUUGAGAAGGGUUACAUUGUUAGAGCUACUGUUAGGGAUCCAAGUGAUUCUAGGAAAACAAAGCCAUUGUUAGAGCUUCCAAAUGCAGAGAAGCAACUGAGUCUAUGGAAAGCAGACUUGGGAGAAGAAGGAAGCUUUGAUGAAGUCAUUCAGGGUUGCACUGGUGUUUUCCAUGUUGCUACUUUUAUGGACUUUGAAUCUCUUGAUCCUGAGAAUGAAGUGAUAAAGCCAACAGUGAAUGCAAUGCUAAGCAUCCUCAAGUCAUGCAAGAAAGCCGGCAGUGUUCAACGUAUAGUAUUCACCUCCUCCGCCGGCACCGUCAAUGUCCAACAACAACAGUCGCCGGAGUACGAUGAGAGCUCGUGGAGCGAUGUUGACUUUUGCCGGAGAGUCAAAAUGACAGGAUGGAUGUACUUUGUGUCAAAAACACUAGCAGAAAAGGCUGCAUGGGAUUUUGCGAAAGACAAUGGCUUGGACCUCAUUACAGUGAUUCCACCCUUGGUUGUUGGUCCUUUUGUCUCUUCUUCAAUGCCUCCCAGCAUGAUCACUGCUCUGGCCCUCAUCACUGGGAAUGAAGCACAUUAUUCAAUCUUGAAACAAAUCCAACUAGUCCAUUUGGAUGAUCUGUGUGAAGGUCACAUCUUUCUUUUUGAGCAUCCAGAGGCAAAAGGUAGAUACAUAUGCUCUUCUCAUGAUGCCACAAUCUUCACUCUUGCCAAGAUGAUCAAAGAAAGGUUCCCUGAAUAUGACAUCCCCCAACAGUUCAAAGGCAUUGAUGAGAACAUUGGGAUUGUUCACUUCUCUUCUAAGAAAAUCAUGGACCUUGGCUUCAAAUUCAAAUACACAAUGGAACAAAUGUUUGUUGAUGGCAUUCAAAUAUGCAGGGAAAAGAAGUUCAUUCCACUCCAAACAGUCAAAGAGAUUGCUUCAAUCAAAGGCAAGAUUAAUGGCAUUGAUGAACAAGUCUCAGUUGCCACCAACUAGAGUUUUUAUAUUUAGUGAGCUUGUUGUAUUGCUUUGUCCUCUUCAUAUCAAUAAUUCAGAGUGUACCUUUUGAUUUUUUAAUUAUAAUAAACUAAUGUCUUCUUAUGUA